AUGCUUGGAUCUUAUUGUUCUAAACAUGUGUUUCAGUUGGUGCUCUCGGACUCACCAUGUGAAGAAAAUGAAAUGUGCUCAAAGUAUAAAGAUCAAUAUCCUCAUGACUGGUAUAUUUGGUUCUUGCUACUAAUUUGCAUGGUGGCUCUCCUUUUUGGACUAUUUCUCUUCUGCCUUCAGUGCUGGCUGAGACCCCAAAUUGAUUCCCCAAGACACACUAUGGCUGUUUUUGCAGUUGGAGACUUGGACCCUGUUUAUGGGAUGGAAGCAGCUAUGAGUUCAACUGUUGGAAUUCACCUUCAAACUCAAAACCCUGAACACUCUCAUGCCCCAAGUCAUGGAACUUUAGGUCCCCCACCUCCAUAUGAGGAAAUUAUAAAAUCAAAUCAAUUUUAG